AGAAUUAUACAUUUCCGACAGCACGUGAAAGCACCACAAGAGCUGCAUUAUGCACACUCCUGAGGAGCUAGCUAAUAUUCAGCAUGUCUGAGAAGGAGCUGGGGAAAAAGUUGGACCGAUGCCUGGCAGACGGUGCCAUUAAACUCGGCACUGGGCUGGGGUUAGGAAUCGUGAUUUCUGUUCUCUUCUUCAAACGUCACACCUGGCCGAUUUUAUUCGGCACUGGAACGGGACUUGGCAUGGCAUAUUCCAACUGUCAGAAUGACCUGAGGUCCUUUUAUAUGCUGCACAGAAGCGAAAAGGAGCAAUAGCUGCAAGUCAUCGAGGGACUGUCGUUUUUCAUUUUUUUACUUUUCUGUGGGAGAGUCACCAUUUGCACUGUUCUACAGUUAGAUCCUUGUCUCCCUGUUGAACGAUCCAUCCCACUAUGACUCUGUAUCAUUUGAAUGUGCCUGAUCAGAUCUGUGUAUGUUUAAUAAAAUAAUCAUAACAAAAAGGA